AAAAAUCAAAAUUUUCUAAAUUUGAACAAAUUAAGCUAUUAAUAACUAUGAAACCGAAAAACACAUAAAUAAUUUGGUUCCUGACUUUAAAAGUUUUUAGUGAUGAUUUAGCUAAAGGUAAAACAAGUAUUAAAUCCCGCAAGCCUACGAACGUGUAAAUUAUUUGCUUAGAAUUCUUCAAACAUAAUGUUUAUAUCACAGCAGACCACAUUUUACAGCACACAUCAUAAAAGAUAUAAAAAUCAGAAAGUCGCUUUAAUAUUUCACCGUGAACGAUCGUACGAAACAAAGCUCAUUUCAGCAAGCACAUGAGAAACAGGGCAAAAACGUGAUAAAGUUCAAUUUUGCAUUUUAUUUCCAUUCCCUCCUGCAAAAUGCAUGACCCUGCUGAACCAUUUUGUGAUAUUUCACGGGACUAGUUAGGGUUCUUGCAAGUGCGAUGUAGCAACAAGCAAGUGCCGGUGGAGCAAUAAAUGUUCUUUACCCCGGGAGCUUUUGCCUGGUGUAAUUCUCAUAAACAAUUUCACCACCACCGUGUUUUUGGUGUGUAUCCACAGGGUACUUUCAUUUGAGCAAAAAAAUGGAAAGGAAUGGUAAGCUUUCAUGUUGGAAUUCGAACGAAAAUAUUUAAUCUACAAUUUGCUCGGGUAAUAUAAAAAUACUCUGCGAUCAACAGCUCCAUCCGAGUAAUUAAUAGUACUUUAGUAAACAAAAAUACAAAAAAAAGAAACACUUGAAAUAUUGAUUGCUUGAAAAAAUAAAGGGAAAAACUUAUCGUGGAAUGCAAUCCUGAACAACUAAUUGCAACUACUUCAACUACCACAUCAAUGAUGUGAGUGAAGGCUUGAAAUCCCUUUUUGAGUGAAAAAGAAGUUUAGUACAAUCACUGGGAAAUGGAUGAUUUAUACUGCAGCGUUUGUUCACAUACUUUAUCACGAAUUAGUUACAAAUGUGCACUAUUAGUGGCGAUGAUGGUGCGGAUGCACUUUAUCGUUAUCAGCGUCCCUCUCCCUUCUCACAGCUGCUGUACUAUAAAUAACGGGGGAGGUCUCUACCGCUUUAGCUAGUUUAUCAAACAAAAUCCUGCAGCCACAAACACAUUUUACAUUAAAUAUGAAUGUAGUUGCAAUAAUUUCAACGGUACUGUACGGCACAAUUCUUGGUUUUCCCAACUACUCAACAAGCAGCAAGGUGCCCGAAAAUCAACGCAUUUUGGGAGGACAUGAGGUCCACAUCGGUGACAUACCGUACCAAGUGUCAGUUCAGUUGGUUAGUGUUCACGUUUGCGGCGGUUCACUCAUCAGCCAGCAGUGGGUGAUAACGGCAGGACACUGUGCCGCUACCUCAAAAGAACCCAAAUUGAGUGUAAGAAUUGGCAGUACUUAUCACGACCGUGGUGGACAUGUCAUCGACAUUGCAGCAUCCAUCAGACAUCCACUCUACAAUGAGUCCACAUUCGAUUAUGACUUUUCAUUGCUCAAGUUGGUGCACAGUUUGAAAUGCCCGGCCAACGUAAGACCUGUCCAACUACCUAGGGAGGAUGCUUUCUACCAGGACGGAACGGUGUGCGUAGUUAGUGGAUGGGGUGACACACUAAACCCGGCGGAAUUAAAAGACCGACUGCGUGCAACGGAUGUAGCGUUAGUUAAUGAUGCUGUUUGCCAGACAGCUUACGUAUCGUUUGGCACAAUUACCGAGCGUAUGGUGUGUGCUGCCUAUCACACAGGAGGGCGUGAUGCUUGUCAAGGUGAUACCGGAGGUCCGCUAGUGUACGAAAACACAUUGAUUGGUGUUGUUUCUUGGAGAAACAAAAGCUGCACUACAGAGGCACAGCUUCCAGGUGUGUACGGACGUGUCACGUCAGUUCGCACGUGGAUUGAGGAAAUAAGCAAUGUGUAAGACUACAUUCGUGAUGGAUCGUACACGAUCUUCAGGCAAUUAUUAUUAGAUGAAAUACUUGUUAAUCACCUUUUAUUGUAAGUGAUAAAAAUACUUCUUUAUUUCCUCUUUUAUUCAUUCGAGAAUCAAGAGCUUUUCUGGAACUCGGCUAAUCCAAAUCCCUACCAUUCUUGCUACCAUGUAACCCGUCAGCGUCACUAUUUGUAUUGCACAUAUUCUCCUUUUUGGGUUAAACCCACGCAAUAGACCAUGCACGCUAGUAUUGCGAUGAAGUCACCGAAUUUUUCGACGAAAGAAGAUGCUUCAAGCCAUGGUUAGUUUGAAACCAUUUGGCCGACAGGUUCGAUUGCACGUGUGGGUGCACGUUACGAUCGUCGCUAGUCCUCACCGCACAGCAUCAUCCGGUUCUGUCUACUCGGAAACGAGUAAGUGUUAUUUUUGGGUUAAGGCUAUCUCAAGGUCAGUCGACGUUAAUGGGCAGGUUAUGUUUCAGGCAGAAAAAUUGUAACGCAUCUAUAAGUUGUUUACCAAAACAAGAGAAUUCUUCAAGACUCUUCAAAUCGUUUUGCUAUAUCACACCAUGUGUCCAGUGAGAUGUGAGGCUUGUUUAAUGACAGCGCUAACGCCACCUUUUGCUUGUCGGUGUGUCACGCCUAACACUGCGUAACACUAAUUCAUUCGGGAAAAAUAACGGAAACAGGAACGUUACUAACGGUAAUAUACUUGGAGGGUAAUUAGCGAUGGAUUAUAACACAGUAACUGCUGUACUUCUUUAGUUUCAAAACUGGAAUAUUGCAUCUGAAAUUCAAUCUCCUCGAAAGUGGCUUAAAUACAUUAGAGGUUCUAUUUAAAAGAAGAGGAAGAAAGCGGAUAAUGCGAUCUAAAAUAUCCUCUUUAAUUUCAACUCUAAAAACAUAUGUUUUUCAAUAUUUUUUUUGGAAUGUGCUCUCAUAUUUUUAUUUACAGCUAGAUAGUCAAGUCUAUCUAUUUCCUGUUGGUCAUAGAGUUAAAGGUUAGAACGUACGAUUCGAGCUGUCUAUUUUGAAUGUACAACGAUUCUGUUAUUCUUUCAUUUAACCCAACCACACUUCAUAUUGCUUGCUGUUACCAUGGCUCUUUAGUACUUCCAACAAAAAAAAUAAUAACUGAAUAUGUCACUUGCUAUGAAGUACAUAGCCUCUAUGUAUGUGUGUGUUUGUGUGACUUCUUUCUUGACAGUCGUCGUCGAUGUUAACAUUUUCUGUCAAUUUCCCAAGCGGAAGUGACAAAACCUUCAUUGGUACGAGACGUGAUCGUGUGUGAAAUAUUGAAUACGACGACUUCAUCGCUUCUUCACAACAGACACUGCGCCGACGGUUUGCCAAACUGUGGCACUCUGUCGCACUCUCUUUCUCCCUUGUCUAGUAACCUAUUAUUGAUGGAAGCAGCAUAGGAAGGAAAAAAUCUUCUGGUUAUUCGUUUCCAUUUUAUUGGCAUUUAUGUAUUCUGCCCGCUUGGCUAACCACCCUUCCGGUGUGCAUUCGUAUGACAAUUUAAUGUGUCGUUAGCCUAUCCCUUUAUAUUGUGCCAAGCUUUACGUUCGUGUAUGGUGAGUAUGGUAGACAAAAAAAAAUGGCGCCUAAACUAUUAGCCAUUCAUUUGCGUUUCUUCACAAUGUUAUUCACUAUUGAAUUUUGUUAUAAAAUAAAUUAAAUUAAACAUAAAUAAGUAUUCAAAAAAGAUCAUUAAAACAAAAUUUCAAUGCAAUUGAUACUUUAAAAAACCUUUCUUAGAUGAAAUAAAAACACACACAAAGCACAGUAAUGAAGAAAUGUAUACUUCACAUCCGAAGCGUAACUACUAGCCGUUCGCUAAGUUGGAUGCGUUUUGCUUGACUGACAUUUCAAUUGGCAAUGAUUUCUAAACUUCCAAUCACUUUCACAUCACUACCGAUGCGUGUCCAACAAAAAUAAUGCCCUUGAAAGUGGCCAAACCAUAUUAACCACUAUAUCCGCCUAUUGAUACAAGAGACUUGUAUGAUUCUGGAAGUAUUGAACACUGGUUGUUUAAACAUUUUUUGAGACUACGUAUUUCUGAGUACAUUGAAGAUAUUGAUUAAAUUUCAAUUACCUAUGUUAAAAUGCAUUCAAAUGCUUAUAGACCAUUGGACCAAAGCUUAGAGACACGAUAUGAAACAUGUUUUAGAACAAAGUGGGCGACGGUUGUCCACAGGAUGGAUGUCACUCUGCACAAGUAGUGUGGUCUACACAUUAGCAUCGCGUAAAAGAAAAAACACAAAAUAUAUAUGUAUGUACAAUACACUCUGCGUCACAGAAGCGAAGGUCGACAACUCGCACGCCAGUGACAAGUGACAAAGAGAGGCAAAGAUCGACCAGCAGCAUGGUGCAGUUUUGCUGCCUCGUAUGUGAGUUUGCUUUUCGCGGACUCCACCAUCGAGAGAGCUGGACAGCGAGGUGGAUGAUGGGUUUUGUGGUGGAAACGAACUUGAUCUCCGUUCCUAGCCCUCUUCCUCCAGUGUCUGUCUGUGCAAUGGAUCCAAAUCGCCAAUGAACCGUGUACUUGGGCGUGUGUAUGUUGCUUAGUUGGUGGCCAUUCAACAUCACCACUACAGCUCUCGCAAUAGAAUUGUGACUUGUACACAUAUGUUAGCCACCGUCAACAAAUCUGACCGUUCGGUUACAAGCAAAUAGACAUCUAGCAUACAGAGCUCGAUAUGGCCCCCCCAGUGAGAGUAUGAGACGAUUUUAUUUACAUUAUGAACAUAUCACUCGAAUUACUCAUCAACCGGAUAUCUGACGUUAGCAGGUCUCGUACGAUUCAUCUUGGUGGCAAAGAUAAAGAUGAUCCACACAUGGUCCAUGAGGAUAUACCCAUGGAGCACACAGUCAACAACCUCAGGGUUACGCAAUAUACCUAUAAAUUGUCCUACUUUCGAUGCCGCACAAACCUUUGCAGUGGUCAUUCUCAGCCGCUAUCGCAGAAUUCCGCGAAAUCAAAUCUUAAUCAUUUCGUGUUAUUUAAUGUCCACUGUUGUGCUCUACUGAUAGCAAUACAAUGUGAUAACGCAUAUUCUGAGAAACUUUAACAACUGGUCAAUGAAUCACAACUUGUAAUGAAGACGCGCAAUAAGAGUACACUCAUGUCGAGUUGACGAAUAGCAAUUUCCCAAAAAAUACUUUAUUGUUUCAAUUCACUUUUGGUGAUCUUUAUGGUUACAAUUACUUAUGUAACUUCUGUAUUAUGAACCAAAAAAAAAAUACUAUUUCAGAUAUCCACUUCCACCUGAUCACCGGAAAACAAACACGUGCACACACACACAAACCAACUUUCUGUGAGAAAAAAAGGCUGCUGGAAGAGGCGUAGGGUUAUAAAACAUCCUGCGCUUUGGUGUGUUCCAACGCUGGGUAAGAUUUACGCAGGCUAAAAAGCCUCUAACAACGACCGUGACAUGACAGCAUCGUUUGAACUCGUUCAGAGACAGAGACACACACACACAAGAUGCAGACAAAACCACUCGCAAAUUGCCUCGGGAGAGUUGAGUUGCAGCAGCACCUUUAGCUCUAAACUGACUGACACCCCACUCCCCCCCCCUACCCCUCCCCUUCCAAGAGCCCAACCCCAAUCCCUUUAUGCUGGCAUUAAAACCCGCAGUGCUGGAGGCGAAACUACUAAUUUUGAACACCGAUCACCCAAACCGCCCCAAACCGCUCAAAUGCAUUAGGGUACCAUCAAGGGCAGUGCACAGACACAGACGGAUAUAAAAUGCGGUGCGAAAACCAAAACAAAAUGGCACAAAAAAGAAACCCAAACUGAAACUCCCCACCGGAAAUGGAAAUUUUUCCCAUCGCCUUUUUUACUUUGCCCUCCUAAAGCUUUAGCUGUGCCCUUCCCUGUACCCACAUUACCUUGUAAUGAUAGUUGAAGUAAUUGAACUCAAAUCAACAACAAAAAAAACGUUUUAAGCUGUAUCAAUUGUACAAUAAGAUUUCUGCAACUCUGGUUGAUGGCUGUGGACGGUAAUAGGUGGUAAGAUUUCAAUUAAAAUAAGACAUGGGCAAUCGUAAAGAAACAACUAUUUGUG